AUGCAACUCAUUCCAUUCCGACCACCACUCCAUGCACUGCGCACAGCCAGCCAGCCAUACUCCCUUCUUUCACCUCUCCCUUUCCACCUCCCUCUUCCCUCCACCUCUUUUCUCACAUCUCCCUCCCCUCCUGUCUUUAAACUCCUUCCAACCAGCACUCCAUGCGCUGCACACAGCCAGCCAGCCAUACUCCCACUCUUCUUUUUCACCUCUCCCUCUCCACCUCCCUCUUCCCUCCACCCUCUCUCUCCCCCUAUCCCCUCCCCUCCUGACUUCAUCCAUACCCUCCCAGGUGCGCUGGUCACCCAUCAUCGCCUGCUGCUCACCCAAAAGGACCUCAUUAUCAUGAGAGAGAGAGAGAGAGAGAGAGAGAGAGAGAGAGAGAGAGAGAGAGAGAGAGAGAGAGAGAGAGAGAGAGAGAGAGAGAGAGACCGGGCAGGAGCUCCUCUCCAAGCAUAUCAAUCAGGACCGGGCAGCGGAACUAUUGGGCGAUACUCGGGUGGAUAA